CGCGUCAUGGACUCCGCCGCGUGGGGCUGCGCCCGCUUCUGCGCCCGCAUGAGGCCGCCCACCGCGCUGCUGCUGGCUGCGCUCGUGCUGCUCGGAUGCGGAACCUAUUUACUUCGAAUUGCCGCGGCGGCGGGCGCUAAGGCGAGGAAGAAAUUAAUGAGAAUUGUGGAUCAUGACGUGCGGCGUCUAGCAACUGCGCCCAGUGGGAGUACACCCGUUUUGAAUAGAGAGAAGUGGGGAGCGGGGCUAUUGUGGAAAGUGAGAGAGAAAGUGGCUGCGUCGUCGGCUGUGGCGAUGGCUACAAUGAGGUUUGCUGCUGACAGGGAGACAGAGGAGCCACUAGUAGGAGAUUGGGAAGUGCACAGUUGGUUUGGGGACGAGUCUCUGCUGGAGUGA